AUGUCGACCACCAUUAUUCAGCAGGGGGAGAUAGCACGGCUGAGGGCUUUCCAUGCUGCCCAUUUCUCCGGUCAGCCAAUCCCAGACCUGGUUAGCUGUCCACGCAACCCUGUCACCCAGACCGAGUCCAGCCAUGACGUUGAUAUUGGCGGCGACAACAACAGUGACGACAGUGUUCUGGGUUACUACCAGGACGGCGUCAAAAGGACAUUGACGGAUGGGCAGAUCAAGAUGUUCCGCCACUCCGAAAUCCAGCGGUUGCUGAAUGAGAGAAGAGCAGCUAGAGCAAAGGAAGAGGCGAGAGCAAAGACGAAAGAAAGCAGCAAGUGCGACCGUGAACCGAGAAAACGGCGAUUCGAAGACGAGCCAGCAACAACCCAUCCCAAUGUCGACACUUUGACCUACGACGAGGGGCCAGAUACACCGGUAGUAUCAGCAUCAGUUGGAAAGACAUUUCUCUGGCCAAUCCUUGGACAGGACCCAAGGUGA